UAAAAAUAUGCAGUUCUAUAUUAGUAUGAAUUUUUACUUUUGAUGGGAAUGUUCAUUUAAACGCUUCGCAGAGCAAUGAUUAUACGAAAUUAUUUGUUAAUUGGUUUCGCAAUUUUUGCAUUGGAAAUAAAUUUGUGUGAAGCAGUUGAUGUACCAUGUCCAAAUGCACCAGUAACACCGUAUCCCAUAGUUCAGCCUGUACCCAUUAAUACGACUAAUAACCCAUGUCCGGUUACUCCUUGUCAAUCUUCGGGCUGUGUUAUUCAACAAACAUGUUGUCCCUGUUCUCAACCAUGUCAAACAUUAAAUAAUUGUGGCUAUCCUCUGCAGCCUGUACCCACUUAUCCUACUAAUAACCCAUGUCCGGUUACUCCUUGUCAAACUUCGGGCUGUGUGAUUCAACAAACAUGUUGUCCUUGUUCUCAACCAUGUCAAACAUUAAAUAAUUGCGCCUAUCCUACCAAUUGUUCUAAUACACCUGGUUGUGGAUCAACUACUCCUUGUGUGGGUUCAACAAUUCCAUGUGUUGGCCUAUCUCCGCCCUGUGUUAAUACAACAACUCCCAAUUGUCAAACACCGCCAACAACUGUAACAAACCCGCCACCAACAACUUUACCACCACCACCACCAGAAACUACCCGACCUUAUGAGCCGCCCAUCACUACACAUCCUCCCCCGCCGGCACCCAUUAUCAAAUGUCCUCCAGGCACCAUUCUUAUUGGACAGGAAUGUCAUUUGUUAUAUUGUCCUCGUGGCUCACAAAUGGAAAAUGGUCGCUGUAUAAUAAUUGAAUGUCCCGACGGUACUGUUUGGACAGGACAUAGAUGUUCUGUGCCCGAACCUAUUGUUCAGAAUCUAACAUUUAAUUAUAACUUUAUAACAAAAUUUAAUCAAACCAAACCGGAUAUUGUACUUAAUAAUGUCAAUAAUAUUGUGGUUAAUGCCUCCAUGACUAUACACGAUGAAUUCAAUAACAAUAAUGAAUGCAACCAUGAUUAUGGGGAUUGUGAAGAGGAAAUUUCAACCGAAACAACAGCAACACAGCCACCACCUUCAAGCACAAAAUGUUGCAUAGUCAAGACGCCACGCAUGUGUGAGCAACGUAACAAUCGUUGGCAAUGUUAUAGUCGUCGUUCUCGUAAAUGUGGUGACUUUUGUGUUGCUCCUAUUAUCUAUCUCCAACCUCCUAGUAUAUACUCCAGACCCCAAUAUCUGGUAAUGCCUCCCAUGCAAUACGACUGCCAAAUGCAGGGAAAUUGUGGUCCAAUUGGAGGUGGUUAUGAUUGUUCCGGUUGUGCCAUUAACAAUAUGUCACGUUGUUCCCCUUACUGUUAUCGUUAUUCUUGUCCCUCACAUAGAUGCGAUUUUUAUGAUCAGCAAAAGUAUUGCGCUUACAACUUGGGCUCAUAUGGUUGUCAACAACAAGAUGGUUGUUUUGAUCAUUGGUGUCAAUGAGUAGAAAAUAUCACUUAAUCAAGAACUAUACAUCUUUUAUAGGAGAUUAUCUGGCAAAGUUAUCUAAAUUUAUAUUUUAUAUUAAUAAUAAAACAAAACUUAAUACUUA